UUUCCGCUUGCAAGGAAGUACAGCUUUGCGUUGGCUUUCCGGCUCUUUAUGAGCAUUGCAGAUCCUGAGUAUGUUGAGAUGAUUUGUCAUCACUUCCAGAUUUUGAACGAAGGAUUCCUUUCUGUGCCUAUAGAUAUUCCUGGGACGACAUUCAACCGUGCUCUCAAAGCCAGCAAAUUCAUUCACAAUGAGCUUCUAGCAAUCAUCAGAAAGCGAAAAAUGGAGUUAGAGCAGAAGGGAGACUCUGCUACUAGAGACCUACUGUCUCACAUGCUCUUAGCAUCAGAUGAAAACUGUAAUGUUAAGAGUGAGAUGGAGAUCAGUACUCAAGUUAUUUGUCUGCUUUUUGCUACCCAUCACACCACAAGUUCUGUCAUCACAUUCAUCCUCAAGUACCUGGCCGAGUUCCCUGAUGUCUAUAGCAAAGUCUUAAAAGAGCAAAUGGAGAUUGCAGAGAGCAAAGGUCCGGAAGGAUUUCUGAAGUGGGAUGACAUUCAAAAGAUGAAAUAUACUUGGAAUGUGGCAAAUGAAACAAUGAGGCUAACCCCACCUGUGCAAGGAACUUUUAGAGAAGCCAUAACUGACUUCACCUAUGCAGGUUUUACAAUUCCAAAGGGAUGGAAGAUGCAUUGGAAUGUAAAUACAACACAUAGAGAUCCCAAGUAUUUUCCUGAUCCCGAGGAAUUCAAUCCCUCGAGGUUUGAAGGAAAAGGGCCUCAACCAUUCACUUUUGUGCCUUUUGGGGGAGGGCCUCGGAUGUGCCCCGGAAGGGAAUAUGCUCGAGCGCAGGUACUUGCAUUCAUACAUAAUGUGGUGACAAGAUUCAAAUGGGAGAAAGUAGAUCCCUGUGAAAAGGUUGCAUAUAAUCCAUCACCCAUUCCUUCCAAGGGCUUCCCAAUUCGCCUCCAGCCUCUACAAAAUGGAUUUAUUUAAGAUUUGGUUACUUAAGAAGCUAUAUUUGUGGUGCAUUUGAAUGUUUCAAUAAGAUGGCUGUAUGCAUAA